GCCCCAUGAAGCUGAAGCUUCUCCUCCUGGAUUAGAGUCGUAUAGCCUUUUUCUCCUCUCCCUUGCCAUUCCUUCAAGCACCAAGUGAUCAUGCCAGAGAAAGAAAACCAAGGAGAGGUCUUGUGGCCUAGAUUGGUGGCAAACAAGCUGCUGAGAUGGCCGGUCGGGAGUAACUCAUUUGUCACAGACUUCUCUUGCUCCCAAACAUCGCUCGAUUUCAUCGAUUUCGACCGACUGAUGAUUCCGAAGCAGCUAGUUGGUGAUCAGAAGGACACUAGGAAAUACAAACUAUUUGUUGGCACUUGGAAUGUCGGUGGAGUUCUGCCUUCGGAUGAUGUGAGCUUGGAGGACUGGUUGGACAUACACAACAACUAUUAUGAUAUCUAUGUGUUGGGGUUUCAGGAAAUCGUGCCGCUCAGCGCGAAGAAUGUGCUCGGUAAGGAGAAAAUGAGGAUCCUUGCGCAGUGGAACUCACUGAUAAGGAAGACGCUGAACAAGUUUUCAUGUGGUCUUGGAGGAAGAGAAGGCAAGGCAGGGGAGAAGCAGAAGGUGCACCCGGUAAAGGAAGGCUGCAGCUCUGACGGCGGCGGAUUCAUGACGGAUUUCCACUGCAUUAUAAGCAAGCUGAUGGUCGGCGUUUUGGUGUCAGUGUGGGUGCGUCAUGAACUUCAGUGCUACGUUCGCCACCCAUCGGUCGCCUGUGUUGGCUGUGGCAUCAUGGGAUGCCUCGGAAACAAGGGCGCUGUUUCGGCCAGGUUCUGCCUCCAUGAGACGAGCUUCUGCUUCGUGUGUUGUCAUCUGGCUUCAGGUGGAAAGGAAGGAGACGAGAUGAAUAGGAACUCAGAUGCCAUGGAGAUUCUCUCAAGAACCAGCUUCCCUCGAGUCCUUAACUACCUUAAAAUCUGGACUAAUUCCAUCAAACUAUCCUUUAGACGAGUGAUCUUGUUGGGCGAUUUGAACUAUAGAAUCUCUUUGCCUGAGGCGAUGACGAGAUCACUGGUGGAGCAAAAGCAGUGGAACACAUUGUUUGAGAAAGAUCAGCUCAGAGCAGAGUUCUCCAAAGGAAGGGUGUUUGAAGAUUGGCAAGAAGGUGGCAUAACAUUUCCCCCUACAUACAAAUACUACCCCAACUCCGACGACUACUACGGAUGCAUUCGAGGCCAAAAAGGCGAGAAAAGGCGAGCUCCGGCAUGGUGCGAUAGAAUUCUUUGGCACGGAGAAGGAAUUAAGCAAAAGCGAUACGAGCGGUGUGAGUCAAAGCUCUCCGACCAUCGACCAGUGCGAGGAAUCUUCACUGUCAAUGUGGACGUCCCGGUGAGUCUGAACUCGCUAAGAAGAAUCUUCUUCUCAGAAAGGUUUCAUUCUGGAAGAAACGGAUUAUUUGAGGAAGAUGAUCACAGUAUGGAAAGAGCAAACAAUCGUAUUCACUAUAGUCUGUAGCUUUCUGCAUGCUAGCUAGCUACUUCAUAUCCAGGCCUCUCACUAUGGCUUUUUAUGAUGGCAUCAUAGUGAGAUUUGGUUAUAUAAACCAUAAAUUUUG